CCGAAGCUCUAGCGAAUCGCCCACUGCAUCCCGAUCAUUGAAUGAUCAUUCAUCAUCAUUUGCCCAUCGCUUUUGUCAGGUUACUUUUGCGUCGCACGAUCAGCGUGUAUCGAAUAUCAUUUCCCGUAUCAUCUGAUAAGACUAUCUUGAAAAUAGUCUGUUCUCCUUUGUGUAGCUGUCCGGCAAGGUCAUCACGGUCAAGAACCUGGAGGAAAGAAAAUGACGUCAAAGGCUUUUCGUCUUUGGCUCCAGAAAGCCUUUCCUCACAUCGUAUCCAGAUGCCCGGGGUGGUCCAGAUGCCGCGGCGCUGGUGCAUGGCAACGGCGGGGGCAAGGCGCUGCUGGGGUACCUGAGCAACUAUGAGGCCGGUGCCUGGACCGAGGAGAAUGGGUCGUUGUGGCAUAUGUGGCAUCUGAGAGACGACGAGUCUCCCUAUGUGCAGCCCACCCUGGUCCUGGCUGUUGUCUGCAACGAUCGGAAUUAGCGCAUGACGAGUUUGCCCGUAGACUGAUGAGGCUGCAACUGGACCAUCGAAAAACCGCUCUUUUCCUGUGGCGCCAUCCCAAGUGCACGGUCCCACUGGACGCGGCCUUCUAUUGAGGGCAACUGUUCCCACCGAGGGGCCCACGAGCAGGUCCUACGCGUCACGCGCCACGCACUUGUUCCUGAUCGAAAGCGGCUUCGUUAUCGAGAGGCCGGACACACUGCAGCAGCUCGUCCAGGACAACCUCACCGCGGCCAUCCCGUUUGCAUCAAACCAAGGGUCGCCCCCAGAACAUACCAAUUUCGUCGCAUCGAUGGACCAGAACAAGGACCUGUCUUCUGGCCAGCAUCGAGGCUUAUGGCGUGUAGAAUGCUGGUCGAGGGCCAUAUUGAUCAGACGGGACCACCAGCCGAGCAUGGAGGACGCACUACAGGCGACGGCGCAUGGAGACACGUGCCGCCCGCCAGUGGGGCAAUAUUUGUCUGUGACCUUCGACAAUCGGUAGAGCUAUGGCAGACUGAUAGAGGGCUGGUAGCCCGGGUGUGGCUCUGGUGAGUGUGGGUGGGGCGGUGCAUUGAUUGGCACGGGUAAGUGAUCAUUGCCUGCGGACUCGGUAAGCAUUCGUCUGUUUGUCGGUCAACGGAGUUAUUGGUUGUCUUCGCGUACUCACCGAAGCCACAUUGACAAUUGGCACACAUACAUUCGUCCACACCCACACACGCCCUACAGUAUCAUCAUCUCAUGUCCCAUCC